CCAGGUCUGUACAGCUGGAUUGAUUCCUGCACCCCUCUGAGUCAGGGUGUCCCCUGGUUUACAACUGAUCUUCCGGGGAGUCCCAUCAGGUGUUGGAAGUGGCGAGCAGGACAUGCAAUUGGAAUAAAUGAUGACUCAGGAAGUGCCACACAUGCUGAGAUGCCUUGAGGAAGCACAGCCAUUAGAUGAAUUCAGUGCAUCCUGUACAGAAGUGCAUGACACAAGUAACAUGAAAAAGUCUGAAGUUUCUGAAGUCAUGGCUAAAGCUGACAUGAAACCAAAAUCUAUCCAUCAUGCCAAAAAAUGGUCAGAAGAAGUAGAGAACUUAUACAGAUUUCAGCAAGCUGGAUACAGAGAUGAAGUAGAAUAUAAACAAGUAAAACAAGUUGAUAUGGUAGAGUAUUGGCCUGAAACUGGAUUUGUUAAGAAGCUUCAGAGAAGGGACAAUACAUUCUAUUAUUAUGAUAAGCAAAGAGAAUGUGAAGACAAACAAGUCCAUAAAGUGAAAGUUUAUGAGUAUUAGUUCUGUUGUUGUUCUGUUUUGUUUGUAUGCUUUAUACAUCUGUUUGUUAGAAUUCUAAGUAAAUUAUAUUUCUGUAAUCUGA